GAGUGAGCACCAGCACAUACACGAUGGGGAGAGAGCAGAGAAUGGGGUAGAGAGCAGUACAGAGCUCCUUCACUGUAAAUGUUCUGAUUACAGUUUGACAUUGAGGAGUUGGUGUGAGAUCUGCCCUCAUUGUUGGCUGUUCUCCCCCGGAGCCAGGUCCCAGCAUGUCCACCCCCAAGAGACAAGCCCAGAAAAACACCGGCACAAAGUCAGAGGCCAAGAAAGUGGUGCAGAAGGUGAGGAAGGAGCGUGACGAGGCAUGCGUCAGGGAGGAGGCACUGAGGGAGAGACUGAAGGUGGUGGAGACGGUCAGCAGGACCCAGCUCCGAGAACUGAGGGACAAACUGAAGUACGUGAACGCUGAGAACAAGGAGCUGAACCUGGUGCUGAGCAAACUGCGACCUGGGCUGGAGCCUGAGGCCGGCCUGAGGGCGAGGGCGGGCAGAGAGCCUGGGCUGGGGAACAGAGCGGCGAGGGAGGCUUUGAAGGAGCUACAGGAGCGAGCCGUGCAGUGUUGGAUCCUGCAGGAGGAGAACGGCCGGUGCAGCGAGCGGAUGAGGGCUCUGAGCCGGGAUCUGGCAGAGGUGGCCAGCGCCAGGCAGGCAUUACAGGAGCAGCUGCAGGCGGCGAGGGACGAGCUGUAGAGCGUGAGCGAGGAGCAGGAGCGCUGCCUGAGGCUGUGGUAGGAGGUGCGGAGCCAGCGGGACCACCUGCUCACCCUGAACCAGCUGCUCCGGCAGGCCGCCUUCCACCAGCGCAACCACACGGCACACAAGA